AUGAGAUUUCUUAUUGUUAAUGGUUUCAAUGCUACACAAGUUAAUGGGAAAACAUUUGAUCAUUUUAGAACAAGCAUUCAAUAAGUUAAAUUUUUAAUAAUGUAGAUGAUAUCAUCCUAGAAAGAAGUUGCUGAUACUGAAUGUGAAUAUCACAUUAGAGAUCGACAUUCAUUAGAUGAUUUCUUAUAUGAACCAGAAACGAGUUUGAUUAGAAUGGAAUAUGGUUUAAAAUUCGAUUCUUUAGAUAUAGUCUUUAUUAUUGCAUCCCCAAAUUAAAAACCAUGGCAUCCUAAUAUGAGGAAAGUAAUAAAACUUCUAUUAUUUUAAAUAAAGGUCCUUACAUUAAUCCGUAUGUGUCUGAAAACUAAGAAAUUAUUAUUCACCACUUCUUUUGGAGCUUAAGCUAUUGCUUAUCUUUGUUCAACAAAUUUUUCUGUGGUAACUAAAUGUUUUUUUAUUUUAGCAUGCAAAUAUCACUAAUAAUCAUGGAGAUGGUUGUAAAUUAGUUGAUUUCCCAAAAUAUACUUUAUAAGCUUUUAAAAAUGGACCUAAUGAAUACUUUUUAGAUUCAACUACUGGAGAUCUUUAUUUUUAUAGUAAAGUUACUGAUGAAUGGUUACCUAAAGCUAAUACUGGUCUUCAUAAUAGAAGAGAUGCUAUGGAAUAUUAAUCUAUUGGAAGAUUUGUUGUUAAAUCACCUACAUAUAAACCUAAAUAAAAUAUUUUAGCUAAUCAAAAUGAUAUGUUUUGUUCUAUUAAGAAAUAAUUCUUGCAUCAUUGGUUAUUUAAAGGAGUCUAAAUGGAAUUCUCUGUAAAUCUAAUUAAUUAAUGGGAUAUUCAUGCUAUUACUUUCACUAAUCCAGAUAGAGUAAUUAUUUUACUUCUAUAUUAUUCAUAGAAAUUCUUAGCUCUGGCUGAAAAUAAUCUUAGAGGACCAUUAAUUAUUGAAAGUGAUAAUAUUAUUGCUACCAUGUUCGAAUUAGAAUCUAAAUAGAAGGAUACUAUGAAAAUACUAUCCAAUUUUAUAGAUAAUGCUGUUAAAUUAAUACGAUUUAAUAAUAAUUACAAUUCAGUUAGUAUUACUAAUGAAAAAUAUUUUUCAUCAAAUAAGGGAUUAGAUAAUAUAGAACUUGUUUUUUAAUAAAAAAAGAAAAGCUCUAAUCUUAAUCCUGAAGAUUUACAUAAAAAAUAAUAAAAGAAUUUCAUGCUUGAAUAUAGAAAAUUACUUAAUACUGCUAUCUAAGAAACAGAAAGAGAUAAAAUAUUCCAUGUAGGAUUCUCAGUUAAAAAAGAUCGAUUACCAGAGUAUUAAAUUAUUAAUAUAGUUUCGUUUAGCAAAAUAAUAUAUAAGAUAAAAAUUACAAAGUCACCAGGAGAAAAUCUUUUUAAUUGAAAAAAGCAUAAUUUUUAAGACAACAAAGUUAAAUUAAUGUUGGUGGAGAUGAUGAUUAAUAAAUCAAAGAUCUAUAAGAUGAAUCACCUAGAAGAAAAUUGCCAUUCUAAAAUGUGGUUGUUACUGCUAAUACAAGUAAAAGACUAUUUCAUUCUAAAAUGAAUUCACAUCCUAAAACACCAUUAACUAUUGAAAAUGAAGAAUAUCCUCCUUAAGAUCCUGAUGUUUAAACUCUUUGUCAAUCUACAGCCAGAAAAAUAUUACAUCCGACUCUUGAUGAUGAAUUCCUUGGAUCCAAAAAAAUCUGGGUUCCUGGCUAUUUAUCUAAAGAUAGAAUUAGAAAUGGAAAACCUCCUUACACUUAACGUUCUAUGCGUACAUAAAUUUUAAGAAAUCAUACAGACUCUUUGGUUUGA